AUGCUGCGUCUUGAACUUUCCGGUUGGGGCGUCGACAAGGGCAUCCCAACUUUGGUGAUGGCGGCCUCCUCUAUUGAUGAUGUGAUCGCCAUUUCUGGAUUCGGUGUUGCCUUGGCUAUUGCACUGACUACCGGUCAGUCGAUAAUCGCCACUCUUGUUAUAGGACCUCUAGAAGCGCUGGCAGGUGCCGCAUUCGGUCUUGCGCUAGGCCUCCUGCUUUGGUUAGUGCCAAGUCCUGGUCUCGUAAGUCACAAUUGCUCCCUCUUAUUAACUGAACUUUCGUCUAGCCAAUUUUAUGCUUAA